CUGCAACGUAAGUGGCUAUCCACCUCAUCCAGUCAAACCUCGGAAGUCAAGUGAUUGCCAACUCUGCCAAGUGCCGAAAGCUACUUGCGAAGGUGGUCUUCUCUCGGUUUUUUGCCCCUAUAUGUCUCCGAUCGGAAGUGUUUUCUUGGGCGACGUUCAGCAUAGGCACCGGAUUCUGACAUCUUCACCACCACCCUCGUCCCCGCCUGCACAUGCUGCUAGCAAUUCGAUGAGUAUGGCCCUGGCAUCCUCCAAGUCUCUGGAUGAGACUUUUGAUUCCGUCGAUGGCGGUCCUGAUCUACCUGAACAGGCUUCCAUGUCCGUUGCCCAACGCCAGGAACCCACUCAUCCCCAUCCUACUUCAACUCCGGGUGCAACACAAUUACCCACCUCCAUCGAUCCUGCCCUCUCUCUUGAACUGCGAAUCCGCUGGUUGGAGGCACUACUCAUCGGCGUUCGCCAGGACCCGCGCGAACGCAGGGGGAGAGGGGACAAGCUCACUGAUCUCAAGGAUGGGGAAACAACCCUCAUCCGUCUAGCGGAGAACGUGCAGCAUCGGUUGAAUAGCGUGAUAGAAUCCAACGACGGCCUGAAGAAAUUCAUGAGUCAAUAUGACCGUCAUGCCCAUCUGUUAACACCGACGUUCGCUUACUCGGGCACGCCGGUCGGACCGGGCCCAUCCUACGGAAACAUGUCCGCGGAGGAACUGGAAGCGCUUCUCGCAGAAAUGGAACCGGACAUUCGUGCCGCCGACCGCGACAUGCGCGAGAUCGACCUACUAAUACAAAAGGAUGUAUUGAGUGCCGGCAAGCUGCCAGACUACGAGGUACUGCAGCCCCGCGUGAAGAGGCUCCUUGCAGCGCAGGAGGAAGAUUUAAAAUUAGCAGCGUCUCUGGAGAAACGGAUCGCAAACCUAGUAGAUCGUCACGCGACUCAUGUGGAUGCACUGUCAGAACUAUUUGUCGCAUGGGACGACGUUCUGAGUGGGGCGGAAAGCAAGGUCGCACAGUUGGAACGGGACAAGAUCGAAAAGCAGAAACUCGGGUACGAAUGAAGCUCAUAUCUAUUCGAGACGGAGUAGACUGCUAAGAAGGGCGGUGGCUGGGUCUCAAAUUUCAUAGAGCCUUAGCCCGAGGAGGCGAGGGAGACACUGUUUCUCCGUCAACAUCUUAAGCAUAUAUCACUUCUUAGCCAGUUGCCCUUUGAGACAUUCUUCAUAGGCGUAGUGUAUCGCGUGCAAGCUGAUAUAAUUAAUGGCACUACUGU